GUAUUUUUACAUCCAAAAAUGUUUAAAUCCUCUCUUUUAUUUGCCGCCUUCCUUUUUACUAUUUUACUCGUUUCUGAUAAAUUUACUCAAAUUUCUGCUCAACGCAUACCUAAUCCAGCACCUAGACCAGGUGAUAAAGAUCCCUGUGUGGGCAAAUGUAAUGCAUUCCAAACAUGCUGUCCUGUAAGCCAUCCAUCUGAUGGUGCAAUUACGUAA